AUGCUCUACCCGCAAGAGGGAAGCAAUACAGUCAAAGGCAGACCUCAGCAAGGAGAUCGCAACCCUGGAAUCCAGACACAAACACACCUUAGAUGCGACGAUAUACAGAGACCUGGUCAUCAAACGGGAUCAACUUUCCACACCCCUGAACCCCUGAACCGCUCGAUCCAACACUCAUACCAACACUUCAAACAUGUGAUACACAAACACGAAAAUAAAUGCGGGAGAUUACUGGCAAACCUCCUCAAACAACGCAAAACCCAACUGUACAUCCCAAAAAUCAAGGGCCUGCAACAGCAACACCUACACCUCCUGGACCAAAUCUUGUCUGCGUUUCAUACCUACUACCAGGACGCACCAGGGGAGCCAUGUCCCUCCAGGCUCGAAGGGAUCCAGAAAUACCUGGAAUCUGCAAAUGUGACCACACUCGAAGACAAUGACCGGGAAGGCCUGGAAACGUCUAUCUCUACCGAGGAACUGACACACGCUAUCAAAAGGGUGAAGACAGGCAAGGCAAGACCCGAAAUUGUAAGCAGCCCUCAAUUCCAUCCUGGAAGGGGCCACACCAACUGCCCAGUUCACAUUGGCGAAUAUCACUCUUCUUCCUAA